CACACUUCCAUUAAAAUCAUUUUUCAUUCUCUCACUUUUCUCGAAACCCAGCUUCUUCUACUUCUCUUUUUUUUUUUUAUCAUCAUCUCUGCUUCAACAAUUCGCACUAUUUUGUGCCAUGGAUGAGCAAUUUAUUCUGAGGGUUCCACCUUCUGUUGCUGAGCGAAUUGACCGUCUUUUAAGUGAAAAUCCUUCUUCAGAAGACAAACUGGACUUGUCUUUUUCUGGUAACUUUUUUUUUUCUUUGGGAGUUCUAAAUAUUGUUGUGCAGGAGCUUAUAAGUGGAUGUGUUCUGCUUCAUGUUAGUUUGAGUUCGGACAGUGUGCUGCUUGGUGUUGUUCUUGAUUUUGACAUGAUCUUUAUUGCUAUUCUGAUGAUCAACUUGCUUAUCAUUAAGAACUUGAGCAGGAUGCUUGUUCUGGGCUUGUUUCCGUCUACUCUUGAUAUUAGAGGCUUGAGCAAUAACAACUUGGUUAACGAUGCUAGUUCACCCGAGAAAUUCUCUUUGUUCCUUACAUCAUCUUCAGAAGAUGAUUCUGGAUUUCGAAUAGUCUCAACACUGUUCUCGAGAGUUGGAGAAGGAACGGUGUCUUUGUGGUUGAUUCGAGAGGAGGAAAGGUUUCCAUCGUGGUUGAUUUGGGUUUCUCCGCUUGCUGAUUGUGGAGAGGAAUACAAUCCUUUUGAAAUGUGGAGCUCUCCUUAUCCCUUGAUCCGCCAUUUUCUAAUUUUAUAUAUACUCCUUUUUUUUCUGGUAAGUAUCCUUGUACUUACAAUGUGCCUGUUAUACUUUUGGCAGCCUGAGCUUGUUCGGCGUGUGGAGAAAGACUUGCAGAACAUAAUGUCUGGUGGAACAGCUGAGAAUAUUGAUAUAGAAGUUGUCGAGCAAGAGGAAGGAGGUGAAGCAAGUGCACGCCAUGUGAACAAGAAAGUGGCACAACCUGCAACAAAGCCUGACAUUUCCGAGCCCGGGACAGCUGGUGAGGAUCCUGAUAGAACUGAAUCUGAGGAUUCUGAUGAUUCAAUAUAGUCGAUGACAUUAUCCAGCCUUUGCUAUUGUUAUAGUGGCUACAAGUCUUUGCUAAUGUUGUAGUGCACUUCUAGUUAAGUGCCUUCAGAAUUUAUUAGAAAUUGUAGCUCAUGUAUUUUAAUACAGUUGGCUUAUCAUGUCUAGGCUUGAAUAUCGCUGUAAUAUAACAGUUUGCAUUGUCUACUUCAGACAUGCUAGCAUGACAAUUGCAAAUUGUGUUCUGUAAAGUGAUGGUCUGUCUCCAGUUGGAUGUAUUGAAUUUGCUUAUUUUUUUCCUAAAAUAAGAUGUUUAUUGCAAAA